UAAGAAUAACCCCUCUGGUUAGGACUCGAAGGAGAGGAAGUGAAGGCCACCCGCAUCGAUGGUGUCGUUGAAACUCCAGAAGAGGCUCGCCUCGAGCGUCCUCAAGUGCGGCAGAGGGAAGGUUUGGCUCGAUCCUAAUGAAGUCAACGAAAUCUCCAUGGCCAAUUCCAGGCAAAACAUCCGGAAGUUGGUUAAGGAUGGCUUCAUUAUCAGGAAACCAACAAAGAUCCAUUCUCGAUCUCGUGCCCGUAGAAUGAAGGAGGCCAAAAGGAAGGGACGUCACUCUGGCUAUGGUAAGCGUAGGGGUACUAGAGAAGCAAGGCUGCCAACAAAAAUCCUCUGGAUGAGGAGAAUGCGUGUUCUGAGACGGUUGCUUAGGAAGUAUCGUGAAUCCAAGAAGAUUGACAAGCAUAUGUACCAUGAUAUGUAUAUGAAAGUUAAGGGUAAUGUCUUUAAGAAUAAGCGAGUGCUGAUGGAGAGUAUCCACAAGUCAAAGGCUGAAAAGGCAAGAGAGAAAACUCUGUCUGACCAGUUUGAGGCUAAGCGUGCUAAGAACAAGGCUAGCAGAGAAAGAAAGCUGGCUCGGCGGGAGGAGCGUUUGGCUCAGGGACCACAAGAGAGGGUACCAGCAGCACCUGCAACCCAACAGGCUGAGGGAGGCAAGAAAGCCAAGAAGUGAGCAGUAAGACACCUGUACUUGAGCAGUGAAGAACAUAAGCCGUAAAUUGUCAAUGCGCUUGGCUUUUUUUGUAGGACUUAUUUUGCCUGAGUUGUUUAUCUUUUUCUAUUUCAUUUCAAAGUUUUCAGUAUAAAAUAUUAAACAUGAGGUUCAGUAGUUUUGUUUUUUUGAAAUAUGACGGUAUGAUGUGUUGUGACAUUAAGAUUUAUAUGCGUGUUAGUGUCUGUCUACGCUAAUUGACAACCACUGGUCCGCAACCAUUGGUAUAGUUAAUUACAGUUAUAAUUUUAUCCGUUUGUAUUUUAAUUGCUGUCGCUCGAACUUCUUAUAACCUACUAAGAAUGGUUGUUGGUGGUUGUGAUUGAAUGGCAGUUGAACUUUUGAAGAUUAUUGUUUA